UAAACACACAAGGGAAUAAUUACGUAGACUUUUUUAUCAUCUGGACCAGACUUAAGAAAGGGUAAUAGCUCAGAGCGCCCAGAUUUUGGGGGUCCAGAAAUAUUUAUGCAUUUUUUUUAAUGAAUAGAUGUUUGGAAACAAUAUUUUAUAGUCCAUAUCACCCUAAUGUGUUUUAAUUAAUUGCAUAUUCAGCCAGUUGGCAUAUUUCAGUGAUCACUAUAAGAGUAACUAUACUGGCCAUUUUUUGUUUGGAUGAAAACAAUUCUAGAAAUGAUGCCAUAUUUCUACAGAAGGUUAGGGAAGUACAAAUAGAUCAGUUUGGAAAAACUGGAUAUGCACCCAUCUACCAAUCUUUUUUAUUACUUGCAUGCGAAAAAGAAGGUUAUAUGGGCAGGGCAUAACUGGUUCUAACACGGGGGCCCAGAUUCUGCUAAAUUCUGACAUUUUUUCAUGGAGGUACAGCAACAAUGAAGGACCAUGUACAAAAAAAGUAAAUAAUAAUUAUAAUGAACACCAGUUGUUACUAUGAAAAUGGCACUUCCAUCCAAACCUGAGGCAUGCAUUUGAAGUUUCAAAUGCAGUUGUGUGCAAAUAUCUGAUUUCUAUCCAAACUUGGACAUACAGUAAAGAUUCAGAGUUGAACCCUUAAGUUGUGUUGGUAAUGCAUGCAUAAAACUCAAACCAAGACUCCAGAAACUUCAGAAUUACGGUAAACAAAUGCCCCUUUCUAAAAGCAGCACAGAAAUAAUCAUGUUUUGUUCAUCUCAAACGGAUUGCACAUCUCGGCAGAACUGCAGACCUGACCCGCCGGAUGAUCAAACAGCAGGUUCUUUCUGACCCAGAUUCUCCUGGGUAGGGGGCGUUAGAUCUUGCAGGCUCUUCUGACCUGCAGCAGCUGCAGCACAGGCGAGCUACCAACCAAAAAGGGAAAGUCCAGAUCUGAACUGUGGUGCUCCUGAUCUCUAGCAACUCCAGGCGAGUGGCAGCAGAGCAGUCAAAGGAAGAAGGACAGAGGAGAAGUUUUGAAAGUUAACAGAUCUCAGCUUGACUGAUGCGGCCAAAGGUCAGCUCAUCUGUCUUGCAUUUCUCCUCAAACUCGUCACCUUAGUGAAACGGUUUGGAUGCAGGUAUUGUGCUGGCUGCUGUGCCUCGGCCUGACUGAGGCACUUGCUGUGCUGCCAAAGGAGCAGGUGGCCCGGCAUGCCGUCAAGCUCUAUCGGACCAAAACGCCGUCGCACGGCCACAGCUGGUUGACCAACAACUGCAAGCGGCUGGUGGGUCUGCUGCGACAGAAGAAUGUGGCCAUCAGCAAGCUGGCAGCUGCUGCGACGGCUGUUGGAAGAGACCAAAGCCUUUCAGAGCCAGAGAAGCACUUCCAGGUUCACACUCUGGAGGUUUUUCAGAAGGAACUGAACGAGAGCGAGCACCUGGUGUUCCAGGCGGUGCACGGCCUGCAGAGGGUGCUGCAGGGAGACUAUAGGGACGUGGUCAAUAUGAAGGACAGCAGCAGACAGAGGCUGGAGGCCCUCAGAGAGGCAGCGAUAAAGGAAGAACAGGAGUACAUGGAGCUUGUGGCUGCAGAGAAGCAUCAGCAGGAAGCUCUUAAGAGCGCUUUGGCGCAGAACAAGACUCUGUCCAUCUUGGAGGAGAUCUUGGAGGACGUCAGGAAGGCAGCAGACCGCCUAGAGGAGGAGAUUGAGGAGCAUGCCUUUGACAACAACAAGCAGAUGAAGGGAGUGAAUGUUGAAGCAGUGCUAAGAGUGGAAGAGGAUGAGGAAAAAGGAGGGAAGACGAAGAACAAAUCCACACAGAAAGAGGUGGAGGAUGAUCUGGGGCUUAGCAUGCUCAUUGACUCUCAGAAUAACCAGUAUGUUCUGACGAAACCAAGGGACUCCACGAUGCCGAGAGCAGACCAUCACUUCAUCAAGGACUUAGUUUCAGUGGUGAUGCUCUCCCUGCCUUGCGGUUGGGUUUGCACCUUGGUGGGUCUUCCUCCUAUGUUUGGAUACAUCAUCUGUGGGGUCCUGCUCGGCCCUUCUGGUCUCAACAGUAUCAAGUCUAUAGUUCAGGUGGAGACUCUGGGGGAGUUGGGUGUGUUCUUCACUCUCUUUGUGGUGGGACUGGAGUUCUCACCCGAGCGCCUUCGAAAGGUGUGGAAAACCUCAGUUCAGGGGUCAUGCUGCCUGAGUCUGCUGAUGGUGGGGGCUGGGUUGCUAUGGGGACAGCUUCUUCAUAUUCGACCCACCCAGACAGUCUUCAUCUCCACCUGUCUGUCCCUGUCCAGCACUCCACUAGUGUCACGCUUCCUGGCAGGAGGAAACAGGGUGGAAAGGGAAGGUGACCUGGACUACAGCAGCGUUCUUCUCGGGAUGUUGGUGAUGCAGGAUGUUCAGCUAGGCCUCUUCAUUGCUGUCAUGCCCACUCUGAUCCAGGCACAGAGCGGAGACCUGGACAGCCUUCUGUUUGGAAGUCUGCGAGUGCUGAAGCUCCUGGCUCAGGUCCUGGUGUCACUGGCCGCUGUGUUGCUGCUGUGCUUGGUGCUUAGAUCCUUCAUAAUUGGUCCAUAUUACAAGAAACUUCACACCGAGAGCAAAGGCAACAAGGAGAUCCUGGUGCUGGGGAUGGCAGCUUUUGUCUUUUUCAUGUUGACGGUAACAGAGUUUCUGGAUGUUUCCAUGGAGUUGGGCUGUUUCUUGGCAGGAGCUUUGCUGUCAUCACAGGGUCACAUGGUCACAACUGAGGUCAUGGGUUGCAUUGAGCCAAUCAGAGACUUCCUCGCCAUCAUUUUCUUUGCCUCCAUUGGUCUUCACGUGUUCCCUACAUUUGUGCUGUACGAGCUCACCAUCCUGCUGGUGCUGACCCUUACACUCGUCAUCAUGAAGUUUCUCAUGGCUGUGCUGGUGCUGUCUACCAUCUUGCCUCCAAAUUCCCGACAUAUACGGUGGAUCGUCUCAGCUGGUCUGGCUCAGGUCAGCGAGUUCUCCUUUGUGUUGGGCAGCCGCGCGCGUCGAGCCGGUAUCAUCUCCAGAGAGGUGUACCUGCUGGUCCUCAGUGUCACCACUCUCAGCUUGUUGCUGGCUCCGCUGCUGUGGAGGGUCACGACACACAAAUGGGCUCCUCGCAUCGAACGCAAAAUGCCCACGUGACCACAUCGACUUCAGGGCAGGAAGAAAACACGCCCCCGUGACCUUUCCAGACCUGACAGCAAUAUCAUAUAAAGUCUUAACUGUUUUUAUGCUGGACCGAAUCUCCAUCAAAGUUUUUUGGCUGAUUCAGCACUGCUGCUGCUGCUACUCAUUAAAGGAAAUACAUAAAAGACAGCUCUGCUAUAUUUUGACUGGAGGUUUUUUUUUUUUAUCCUUGGACUGUUAUACAUGUUUCUAUAGUCAUGCUGAGCUCUAUAUUGUAUCUCAUUGUGCACACUAAUGUUCUCUUUAAACCCAUGGACCAAAUCUGACACUUCUUCAAUAUUAGAUGUACAGGUAAGUGUUAUUCAGGGUGUUUUUCUCCAUAGAUACAAUUACAUUGCUUUUUGUGCUUUUUUUUGUUGUGAUUUACCCUUAGAUCACAUAUUCUUAAGGUCUCUGCUGUACAACAUUAAUGGUACUUUGGUUUAAUCUCAUCCUUUCAUCCUGGGAGUUUCAGGAGGACUGAGAAAACCUCGGCCAGAAAUCUUGUUUUUCAGGUCUGUUAGACUGCACUAAUAAAAAUGAAGAGAGUGAAAAUGUU